CCCCGCGGCGAGCUGUGAGUCCGGGUUCCCGUGUGACGUCACAGGGAGAUGUAUCCACACCGACCUGAGGUGCGACUCUGUGGACAACUGUGGGGACAGUAGUGACGAGAUGUCCUGCUUAACGUCAGGCGACACGUGGGUGUGCAGUGACGGGACCCCCGUCCCCUCCUCCCGCCUGUGCGACGGGAACAGGGACUGCACCGACCAUGGGGAUGAGAGGACAACUUUCCCCACCUACUGCAAUACAGUUGAAAUGGCGCCCUCUUGCUACCGUUCCGUGUACCUGCAGCCGGGCUCUAGCGGUUACAUCGUGUACAGCAACAACGCCAGUUACAGCGGCACCGUCUGCGCCACCCACCUCUACACCGGCGCCGGCUACACCGUGCGCCUCGGCCCGUGGGACAUGAGCGGCCUGCCCGGCGGGUGUGUGGACAUCGUGCACGUGUGUAGCGGGAACGCCAUGUACGAGUGUCAACAGAGUACCAGCAUUCGCAGCUACUGCGGAAACCGUUACGAGGAAUAUGUGUCGGACCCGCUGUCUGAUGUGACUCUCCGCUUGGAGGGGGGUUCUGCAAUAGGAGGAAACUUCCAGAUCUUCUACAGUGUGCAGUACAGCGGUCAACAAUCCCUGAGGGUCGCCGCCAUUGCUGGGAUCGGAACAGCUGGGGCUGUGGUCGUCCUCGCUUUGGUGGGCGUGGCGGUGUACUGUUGCUAUAGCAACAACAACAGGCCUUCGUCCUCCCCGAGAGUGACCCCCCACGAACACAUUCCGAUGCAGGACAGAGCGGCCGCCAUACAGACUCCGGCGUACCCACCACAAGUCUAUUCUACCGACAACGCGUGUCACCAACAUCCCAGGCUACGGCAGACCUACCAGGGACCACCACAUUACACGUCAGGGAUCUCUGCGCACACGUCAUCACCCCAGCCUUACACGUCUGUGCUCUCUGGGUACACAUCAUCAUCCCUGUCUUACACGGAUCUUCCGUACAACUUGCACACUCCCCCAGCGUACUCGGCUGAUCCAAGCUCCCAGCCCCCGCCCUACAUGACGUCACAGGAGCCGAACAACCAACCGGUCCCACAUCAACCCAAUACGGGCCACCAAGGGCUACCUUAUCCAGACUAACGGAUAUUGUUAAAACACAAUGCACGGGCAAUCUGAUCUUCCCUGGAUCGUUUGACACUCGAGUUAAAGAACCCAACACACGCAUAUCGAAAACAGUAGGCGUGACCAGUUGUGCUUGGCGUUACAGGUCCAUGCCUUCACUCUCGUCACUCGAUGACCAUUGAUACAUGGCCUGAACUUCGUGUGCAUUCCGCCAGCUAGUCGGCAAAACUUUAUAGCACUGUGGUAUUUACUAAAGGAUUGUUGACUCCAAGAAGAUGUAUGAAAUGUGAUAACAUUAAACCGCUUGCAGAAUACAAAUGAAGCGGCACCUCGCUGUUGUAACAUGAACUGCAUUUUAUCAUCUCAUACUGUCCAUCACAGAAAUGUCCACAUUUGUUUUCUUCGUGUACUAGUAUCAUUAUCACAUCACCAUGUAAGGGUUACAGUGGUUUCUAAUCUCAUCAAGAGGUGUCCAUUGCAUGUUGAGUACGGCCUCGUAAAGUUUUAUCACACAAAGUCCGCAUCAUUGAAUACACCAUGAA